GGAACCAUUCCGCCUUGCAGAGGUGGAGUGAAGGGCUUGUACUCCCUUCAGUAUCCUGAUGGAGCUUCUUCAAGGUGCAACCACCAUGAUCUCAGCAGGCUGAUGAUGGAAGAGCAGGAACCUGGGAGACCCUGUGCUCUAGCUUCCCUGGACGAUGGAUGGAGGACCGCCUGUCCCUUCACCCCUAGUGCCCCUUGGGAACGUGUCAUCAGAUUCUAGCAUGUCUCUGGAGCAGAAAACCACAUUUGUUUUUGUAAUUUUGUUGUUUAUUUUCUUGGGCAUCCUCAUAGUCAGGUGCUUCCGGAUUCUUCUGGACCCGUAUCGGAGCAUGCCAACCUCGACCUGGGCUGACGGACUUGAAGGCUUGGAGAAAGGGCAGUUUGACCAUGCCCUUGCUUAA